CAAAAGCCAAAUCCAGGUCGCAGGGGAAGCGUUACUUGAGGCUAGAUUGAGGUGAGAUUGGUCGGGUUCCUGAGUCCAGUUUGUAAUGUUGGAGUAGGGACUUCAUUUUAACCCCAGUCCGGGGCCUGGAUUAACAGGAUGAGCAGCUCUCAAAAAAGGCACAAACAUCAGAAGCAUGGAUACAGUCUCAUCUGUUAGAAGAAUGUUCAAAGGAAAAUAAGGAAACUAGAAGUCUCAGGAUGAAUCCGUCUAGAUCAGGUGGUAGUGGAGAAGAGUUCUCAUUUCAAGAAAAUGAGAGAAGAUGGCAGCAAGAGCGUCUCCACAGAGAAGAAGCCUAUUAUCAGUUUAUUAAUGAGCUCAAUGAUGAAGAUUAUCGGCUAAUGAGAGACCAUAAUCUUUUAGGCACCCCUGGAGAAAUAACAUCAGAGGAGCUACAACAGCGCUUAGAUAGAGCAAAGGAACAGCUGGCAUCUCAGCCUGGCUCGGACAGUGGGACAAGGAACGGAGACUCAGAAAACCUUAGAGCACAUUCAGAUGAGGACUCUCUUCUGCGAUGGCUGAACACCUUUCGGCGCACUGGGAAUGUGACUCGAAGCGGACAGAAUGGGAACCAAAGCUGGAGGGCUGUGAGUCGAACAAACCCGAACAGUGGCGAGUUCGGGUUUAGCCUGGAGAUCCACAUAAACCCUGACAACAGAGGUUCUGAAGCGCAUGGAGAGGACUCUACGGACAUUCCUCUGUCAGAUGUUAGCAGAGAGCGUAGCCAGCAAAGACCUUCGAGUCCUGUGGCUAGCCGAACCAGAAGCCAGACCUCCACGAGCUCCAGUGGUAGUGGCUCCAGUGUUCCUAGGGGCAGGCGUGGUGCGAGGAGGCAGGGUUCUGUGCAAGGGUCGUUCACAGCCCUGGGAAGGUUAAGGAAUGGAAUUGGAGCAGCACUUGGCGUUCCCAGAGUUAGUGCUCCUCACACUAAUGUUAUUAAUACCCACACUCUCAGGCAAAGUGGACGGCAGCGGUUUGGAGCAGCACACAUUUGGGAAAACGGGGCUAGAAGUAAUGUUACAGUGAGGAACACAAACCAAAGAUUAGAGCCAAUAAGAUUACGUCCUGCUUUCAGUAGUCGAAGCCGGUCCCCCAUUCAGAGACAGAAUGGUACUGUUCACCAUAAUUCCCAAAGGCAGGGUAGACCGCUACAGCAGACGGGUAGAAACAGGUCUGUUAGGCGCACAGGUGUAACUCGGGUCUUUUUAGAACAAGGUAGAGAGCGCAGAGGUACCGAUUAUACUCCGCUGUCCAACUCAAGACUUGUAUCUAGAAUAACAGUAGAAGAAGGAGAAUCCAGCAGGUCCUCAGCUGCCACCCAGCGCCACCCAGGAGAUUGCUCUAGUACCUCAUACAGGACACAGCAGAAUGGAGAGACAUGGCAACAAACCAGUAAAGGAGCCGUUAAGAAAGUCAGGGCUGUGGAGACAGCUCAGCCAGAUGCUUACCAGGAGACCAUGAGGAGUGAAUUCAGUCCCAAGCACCCAUGUAAAAGCUAG